AAACCCCAAAAUUAACGGCUUCUCCAAAUCAGCCGCCCGCGCGCCCAGAAAAUCGCCAUGGAAGAUUUCCUCGCCACCGCAGAGAAAAAGGUGCUUGUGGAGAUAGUGAAGGUUGCCCAGAAGCGAGGAAUGAAGGGUUCUAAAGGUGACUGGAAGCAGUUCCUGACUAGCUAUGAUAAAAAAUUCGGGUCCAGCUUGAGUGACCCUGGUAAAAGGUCAACCGAUGUGUUGACUUCUUUUGUUAGGAGUUUUGAUAAUCAGGAUGACUUGCAGCUAUUUGCCAGAGUUGUAGAAUGCAAUUCGAAUCGACAAGGUGUGGCUCAGUUCUUGAACAACUCUCCCGCAAAUGAGUCCCAGGAGCAGAAGCUUGUCCGUGUCACUCUUGAGCACCCGCAGUAUCCAAUUGACUAUGCGUUCCCGUCACAUAACCAGGACUGGGUAGUUACGAAGCUCAAGAAGAAGUCAAAGGAGAUGAUAUCAAAUGUGAUGCUUGCUGUUGAUUGCGAGAUGGUUCUAUGUGAAGAUGGAACUGAAGCUUUAGUGAGGGUGUGUGUUGUGGAUCGGAACUUAGAGGUUAAACUGGAUGAACUAGUGAACCCUGACAAAGAAGUUGCCGAUUACAGAACUGAGAUUACAGGAGUGGCUGCAUCAGAGUUGGCUGGAGUUACUUGUACUUUAGCUGAUAUACAGAAAUCGUUCAAGAAGUUGCUGUCAGAUGGGACUAUCUUAAUUGGGCACAGUUUGUGUAACGACCUGCAGGCAUUGAAGAUAGACCAUAAAAUGGUGAUUGAUACCGCAUAUGUAUUUAGAUACUCGGACGGGCCUAUUUAUAGAAAGCCUUCGUUGAAUAAUUUGUGCAAGGCUGUGUUGGGCUAUGAAGUUAGGAAGAAAGGUUCUCCACAUAAUUGUCUAGAUGAUGCCUGUGCUGCAAUGAAACUUGUUCUUGCUAAGGUGGAGCGUGAAGUUGGUGAUACCAUUCCAUCAGUUCAGGAGGAUGUACCUGAAAUUAAUACUGCCAAGCUACUCCUUCACAGGAUACCAAGAACAGUGCCUUCAAAUGAGUUGCAUAAAGCCAUACCUGGGAACUUCACCUUAGAAGUCAAGAAGCCAUCAAUUAAAGCCAAAGGAGAUAUAUAUUCUGCUUUUGCUACAUUUAAGAAUGAACAAGAAGCGCAGCUAGCAUAUGAAAAACUCAAAGGCACCCAAGAAGAGGACUCAACUGGAAAGCCACAAAAACUUAUUGAAUUUAAGGUCAGCACAGGGGUAAUUACUGAUUUCUAUGUUCGUAAAAUGGCACAUAAUGGUUCCUUAGACCAAGUCUCUUCUAAGAGAGCUCUCGAAGUUGAGGAGAACACAGGUGCAAAUAAGAAACAAAAGACAGGUCAGACAAUAGAAGAUGAGACUAUGCCAGACUUAGACCACUGUUGUGAUCAUCUCAAAGAGAUAGAAAGAUUGAAGGAAGAACAAGAAAAGCUAUUGAAACAGUGCUCAGAUCAGUUAAAAGAUAUUGAAGGAUUGAAGCAAGAAAUUAAAAAUAGGGAAUAUGAAAUUUCUAUGCUGAAGAAGAGCCAAGUUCCAGAAGAACAAGAAAAAAGGCUGCAUAAGAAAAAGGACAAGAAGAAACGGAAAUAAACUACAACGAAUGUUCAUUAUAUUUUGCUGCACUGGAGCCGUGUGGUUCAGUGGUUGCUCAAAAUUUUGGAACGAAGUACAAUUCUUUUACUGUGCUGGUAUGACACCUUCAAUUUUGCUGAUGACUCUAAUUUAAUUGGGUGCCAAUGAGGUCCAGAAUAUUCAGCUUCAUAUGCUCAGAGAACUCUUUAUCAAAACGAUCUACUGAGAGAACAUUUUCAAUGAUGGAAAUU